UUGCAAACGAUGGUAAUUCAAAUUUUUAAUAACUUCACCGCCUAAUAAGACCGUAAACUGAAUAGUGUAGAAUACUAAAAUAUACCAAAGGCCAGAAGAUUAAUAAACUCACGUUUUUUGAGUAAUAACAAAUAAAUAACAAACAGAUGAUGACGGAAGUGAGCAAACCAAAUAUUUUAGUAACCGGCACACCCGGUGCUGGUAAAUCAUAUUUGUGCGAACGUUUGGCCGCACAACUGAAAUUCACAUGGUUGGACUGCUCAAAGAUUGCCAAGGAUGAGGAAUUUGUGUUGGAAUACGACGAGGAAUAUGAGUGUCCUGUUCUGGACGAAGAUAAGCUCAUGGAUCACCUGGAACCUUUAAUGGGCGAAGGCGGUAACAUCGUGGAAUAUCACAGCUGUGAUUUCUUCCCAGAGCGUUGGUUCCAAGCUGUCUUCGUAGUCACCUGUCCCAACACAACGCUCUACGACAGACUGAAGGCACGCAACUAUAAUGAGAAGAAGCUCAACUCCAACAUGCAAUGCGAAAUCUUCUGCACAAUCUUGGAUGAGGCCCGAGAAUCGUAUAAGCCAGAUAUCGUCUACGAAUUGUCUGGGGAAACUAAGGCGGAUGCUGAGAAAAGUAUGAAAACUGUCAAGAAUUGGUAUAGCAUGUGGAAACGCAAAUAGAAAUAAGUUUUAAGUAGUUGUUAGAAAAUAUUUUGUAAACAUUACAAAAACAUAAAACCGAGAAACUGUAUUUCUUUAUACCUUG